CCACAGGAAAGGAGUCCACCUUCAACACGCACGUCUUGCAUUAGAUUCCCAUCUUUACCCUUCUUUUCUCUAAAGCUUCCAGUUUUCAGAACAAAGUUUAAACAUUGGAGUCCGGUUGGAAAUUUAGUUCUAGAUUUUGUCAGUCCCAAAAAACACCUGUUACCACUCUGAAAAUUUACGAGUUUUACAUAACCGUCAAAACCCUGUCACACCCCUCGGUUCAUUAUUAACAGACCAGGUCGGCACCAUGAACCAAGGAGGCGUAGCCACCACAAAUGGUGGAUCGGGAAAUGGGUCAUUCGGUGUUCAGAUCCAACAACCUCGAAGGCUACCGGAUUUCCUUCAAAGUGUCAAUCUCAAGUACGUAAAAUUGGGAUACCACUAUCUAAUUUCCAAUCUUUUGACCCUCUGCUUUAUCCCUCUGGUCGCGGUGAUUUCGAUCGAAGUUUCUCAAAUGAAUCUCGAUGAUUUACGCCACUUAUGGAUUCACCUUCAAUACAAUCUAGUCAGCAUAAUCAUUUGCUCUGCUAUUUUAGUGUUCGGGUUAACAGUCUAUAUCAUGACCCGACCCCGACCCGUCUACCUUGUCGAUUAUUCUUGUUAUCAUGCUCCUGACCAUCUUAAAGCUCCCCAUGGUCGUUUCAUGGAACACUCCAGGCUGACCGGUGAUUUCGAUGAAUUGUCUCUCGAGUUCCAGCGCAAGAUAUUGGAGCGCUCGGGGCUCGGAGAAGAGACUUAUGUGCCAAAAGCAAUGCAUAAUAUUCCUCCAACGCCAUCCAUGGCGGCGGCGAGGGAAGAAGCUGAGGAGGUUAUGUUUGGGGCAUUGGAUAUUCUUUUCCGGAACACAAAUAUCAACCCCAAGGAUAUUGGUAUUCUUGUUGUGAAUUGUAGUUUGUUUAAUCCAACGCCUUCCUUGUCGGCUAUGAUUGUGAAUAAGUAUAGGCUAAGGGGAAAUAUUCGGAGCUUUAAUCUAGGUGGGAUGGGGUGUAGCGCUGGGGUGAUCGCGGUAGAUCUUGCAAAGGAUUUGUUGCAGGUGCAUAGGAAUACGUAUGCUGUUGUUGUGAGUACUGAGAAUAUUACUCAGAAUUGGUAUUUUGGGAACAAGAAGUCUAUGUUGAUACCCAAUUGUUUGUUUCGCGUUGGGGGUUCAGCUGUUUUGCUUUCGAAUAAGUCUAAGGAUAGGAGCUGGGCAAAGUAUAAGCUUAUUCAUGUGGUGAGGACUCAUCGUGGAGCAGAUGAUAAGGCAUUUAGGUGUGUGUAUCAGGAACAGGAUGAUGCAGGGAAGACGGGUGUUUCGUUGUCUAAAGAUUUGAUGGCAAUAGCUGGAGGUGCACUAAAAACAAAUAUCACUACUUUGGGUCCUCUUGUGCUGCCAAUCAGUGAGCAGCUUUUGUUUUUCACAACUUUGUUAGUGAAGAAAUUGUUCAAUUCCAGUGUCAAGCCUUAUAUUCCGGAUUUCAAGUUGGCAUUUGAUCAUUUCUGUAUACAUGCUGGUGGGAGGGCUGUGAUUGAUGAGCUGGAGAAGAAUCUGCAGCUGCUACCGAUACAUGUGGAGGCUUCUAGAAUGACUCUCCAUCGAUUUGGAAAUACUUCUUCAAGCUCCAUUUGGUAUGAAUUGGCAUAUACUGAGGCCAAGGGGAGGAUGCGGAAGCACAACCGUGUCUGGCAAAUUGCUUUUGGAAGUGGUUUCAAAUGUAAUAGUGCAGUCUGGCAAGCACUUCGGAAUGUCAAGCCAUCUAGUAAUGGUCCUUGGGAAGAUUGCAUUGAUAACUAUCCUGUGAAAAUAACCACCUAGCCGAGCAACAUUUUGAGUUAGAUUCUACAUUCAGACAGGUUACCUUUGUGUGUCGUUCUGUUGCACGUGUAUGCAUGUCUGGAGUACCAUCAUGUGAGACUAGCUUAUUUUGUACUAUAUUCUCCAUGUUUUUAUUAGUCAUUCACCUCGUUGAGACUUACAUUU